CAGUCUAUAUUUUCACUUCGACGUGAAAUGUAAAUUAUUUUGUUUCUCAGAAUUAUCAGAAUUAAAAAUUUUCUCAGAACUAAUGUGUUAACAACCGCUGUUGUGCCAAGUAUUAUCGAAUCUCUUUCGAUACAAAUCGUUGCACCGAUAUAUCGAUGGUUGAUUAUACAGCACUACAAAACGGCGUCGAUGUACCUUUGCCAUAGAGUCGGAUUCCGCGUUUAUUUCUUUUUGCCACUCAAUUUUUGUUAAAGAAAAUUGUUGCUGCCUCGGUAAGUGAAUUAAAAAGUUGCAUAUAUAGACGACGACUGCAGUGUAUGGGCUAGAUCGAGGCAUUACUUUGUGUUCUUUUUUCCUGCUUUGCGUGUGGUUUUCGCGCUUCGUUUCGUUUUGGGCCAAAUAUUUGAGGCGGGUCAGGCAAAACUGUGGAUGUGCUUGUGUCCCUGCUGGUGCUCGUGGUUGUGGGCUCUGACAGAUAGCUAAGAAGCGACAAUUAGUUACAUUCAACACACAUUCACAUACUCAAAAUGGAUCUGUUCGACAUGGUCCGAGCUGCACCACCACCACCAACAGUACGAAAGGAUUCAGCUGAUGACGAUGCCAAGGAAAAACGUACAACUCCAUCGUCAUCACCGUUGCCUGUAUCUCCAGUUUUCAAUUUGGAAGAUUCUGACAGUGACUUGAUUCAACUUUCGCCGGAACGAGAAGUCGCGUCAACACCAAGGCCCGCAUCACCUAUCCAUAUAGAAGAUGACGAAAAUACAAAAGCGGAUGACAUUGAGCUUAUUGAAGACACUAAGUCACAAGAACCUGUGCGUACAUCUCCCAAAAAGACCGACGGCGACGCCAAAAUCGUCGUUGACGAUGACGAUGACGAUGACUGUAUCAUGAAGGAUGUUGAGGAAGAUGACGAAGAUCAGCUACUUAUGCAGCCGCCCAAAACGAAGGCUGAACAAAAAAUGUUUAUGGAUGUGAAAUCGGCCUCAAAAGAGCAGCAAACUACUAACUCUGCAGACAUCAGACGAUGCAUGGUGCGCAUCAAGCGCUUGAAACAGUCAGAGAUUGAACGUUACACAACUGGCAAAGGCUUAAAAUGCAAAAGGCCACGCAAGCGACGACAAAGCAGCUCAGAUUCCUCAGCUCAAGAAGAUUUGCCAUUGGCCGUCAAGAAGCUAAAAUCGAGCAAUAAAAAGGUGCACGUUAAGGUGCCCUUUCUACAGAACGGCUCCAAGAAACGAUCUUCGCUCAAUAUAUCACGCGCUCAGACGCCGCCGCCGACUUUGAAAAAAUCACCCAAGCGAAUCAAACCAUUCAGUGCUAGUAAGACGCUGGUCAAGCAGUAUGGAACUCGCUUCUUUAAUUGCUAUGUCAAGUUGAAGCGUUUGACGGACACUGACAUCAGCACAUCCAAGCGGACAAAGCGCAAAUCCAAAUCGAAGCUGUCCGUGUCAUUUAGUGAGGCUGUCGAAAUACUUGGCAGCAAACCGCGCAAAUCUUCGUCCAUUUCGGGUACGCCCAAGCUGUUGUCCAAGCUGUGCAGCUCGGUGCCAACGCGUUUGCAACGUGUCGACGCCACUGGAAAUGUGCUCGAAGACAUUGAACUGAAUCCGGAUUCGGUCUUUAAAUCUUCUACCAGCUCGGGCAGUCACAAAAAGCGAGGACGUCAGGCCUCUUGUAACGGCGGAAAGCGGACUAGCAGCAAGCUCAAGCGGCCAGCAGUGCACGUUCCAGUCACUGAUUUGGCCAGUCUACGGAUCAAUGACAGUCACGAUGAGGCUGAGGAGGAAGCAAGAAACGAUCCUAAUGAAGAGUAUAUAGACCAAACAUUAUUUCCUAUUAUAGUGCCCAAUGAUAUGCCAGUUUUUCAAACUCUGGAUGUGCGUCGCUCUGGCACUCCGACGCCACAGAAACGGAUAACCGUAACAACAACUGUUAGUGACGAUGAGGAUGUCGAUGAACCAGAGUCAGGAUCGAAGCCGGAAUGUAAAAUUAAGGAAACUGCUGAAACACCUGGUUCAGCCAAAUCUGAAAAAAAUAAACAAAAAAAAGUAGCUGGAGCAGAGGACGAACAAACAGAAGCAAAAGAACAAAAGCCUGUACAAACAGAGCUAGAACAGAAGCUGCCGGCUGAAGAUCCGGAGCAGAACGAUUCAAAAGAAAACUCUCCUCUGCCAACAGCGCUAGCGGAUGAUGACAUAUUAGAGAUUCAAGCGUCUCUUGAGGAUGUGCGAGAGCUGCACACACCACCAUCUAGACAAAUUACGCCGCUGUUGACGCUGCCAUCGUCAACUAAAACCAAUCGUAACCGGCGCUGCGAAUCACUGGAGUCAGAGAGCAGCUUCAAGUCUGCCCAUGAAGCAGAGAUCAGCGGUGUAGCCCAAGCUAGUGCACCACCACCUGUUGCAGACAACACGCUCAAAGGCAGUGACCAGCCUGACAGCGGUGCAUGCAGUACACCGCAACCGCCGUACCCCCUGAUCAUUGAUAUGCCGAAUCUAGAUGAAGAUGAACUCGGUCGGCUCGUAGACUUAGACGCGGCCUGAUGUGGAUCGUCCCAGCUAUGGACAUGCUGAAGGCUAUUCGGAGCAACUUAAGCAACAUGAAAACAUUAUUUAGAAUUUCUGUUACUCUCACACACAGAAUAUAUUUAGUUAAUAACGUUUACUUUUCUUAUAUGACUACCUUUCGGGUAACAUACUCAAAUAUACAGCAACUCUUAUAUAUGUGCAUCACAUACGUUUU